AUGUUCAAGAACGCGCCCCUCGGCCUCGCGGCCCUCAUCCUUCUCGCGGCCUCCCUCCUGUUCCUGUGGUUCGUCAUCCUCGCCGGCGUCAGCGACGUCACGCCCCUCAAGCACACGUACUUCCUGCAGGCCGACACGGAUGGCAUCACCGGCGCCCGCCCCGUCUCCCGCUGGACCUACUUUUACGUCUGCGGCACUCCGGACAAUGCCGACUGCGGCUCCGCCCAUCCCGCGCCGCCCUUUGGCAAGUUCGUCUGGGACAGCAACCCGCAGAAUGCGCCCGCUGCUCUGGUCGGCUCCCACGGCUCCGGCACCACCAGCUACAAGUACUACUACAUGUGGCGCUUCGGCUGGGUCUUCCUGCUCCUGACCCUCUUCUUCGAGACCCUCGCCUUCUUCACCGGCUUCCUCGCCUGCUGCGGCCGCCUCGGCGCCGCCAUUUCGUUCCUGCUCGGCGGCUUCGCUCUCUUCCUCUACUCGAUUGCCGCCGCCCUGACCACCGCCACCUUCGUCAUGGCCCGCAACCAGUUCCACAACGACGGCCGCGACGCCAGCAUCGGCAGCUAUGCCUUCGGCUUCCUCUGGGGCUCCUACGCCGGCCUGCUCAUCGCCGUUGUGCUCUUCGCCCUUGGCAUGCGCAAGGACCGAGCGGCCGGCGCCGCCACGGCCUCGGGCGGUGCAGGCACCGGUCGCCGGCGCUUCUGGGGACGACGCAGCCGCAGCACCCGCAGUCGCUCCUACGAUGGCCGCCGCGUCAAGGACGACUACUCGUAA